AUUGAUUUAAUUAACAAGGGGAUCUUAGGGUCUCUGGGAAAUGAGUGCAUUUCUCCAGCAGCAGGAUAAUGCACGGCACAUAAAUUGAGAGAGAGGAAAGAAAAGGAGCACAUUCGCUUUCAGAGGCAGAAUCGUAGAUUUAUUUUUUUUCCUUCUCCUUCUUCUUCUUCUUUUUCACAGAAUAUAAUUUUAGAUUAGAGAAAAGCACUUUAGAACCCGGCGGAGCUCGGCCGUAGUCACUGCCAGGGCUAUCACACACAAUCACAUUAAGACACAUUUUUAUUCUGCCAAUUGAACAAUCCGGGAAGAGAAUUGCCGAAGCCUCAGCCUGAAAUCCCCCCUUUUAUUUUCCAAACUGUAGGCUUAGUUUAUGCAAUUUUGCAGCCAGGUGCAGAAGAAAGCGGAUCAAACUGUGUGUGUGUUUUUUUUUUUUUUGUAUUAGCGACGCUGAGCAGUUCUGAAUGUAAUCCAAGCUUGGUGCAACAUAGGCUAAAAGUCACCCAAUUGUGCAAUUAUAGCUGGCUGGCUGGCAGAAGACGGACGGCUGCAUAGUAGCGUGUUCCCAGCAACGUGUCCUUCCUUCUGUGUGGAGAGGCUUCUGGUGACGGAGGAGCCCCUUCAGCCUCUGGGAGAAUGGUGCUGGAUAAAGAGGACGGUGAAGGACAUACUGUAGCUGUAAGGAAACAAGUUUUGGGCUGUCUGCAUAUCUGUGAAGCAAGACUGAAAGAUUGGGGACCGGAGAAGUUGGGAGGAGGAGUGCCGAUGCUCUCGGUACAGCCCAAAGGUAAACAGAAAGGCUGCGCCGGCUGUAACCGGAAAAUCAAGGACCGAUAUUUGCUCAAGGCCUUGGAUAAGUACUGGCACGAGGACUGCCUAAAAUGUGCCUGCUGCGACUGCCGCCUGGGAGAGGUCGGGUCAACGCUCUACACGAAAGCAAAUCUCAUCCUCUGUCGCAGAGAUUACCUGAGGCUCUUCGGAACCACGGGGAACUGUGCCGCCUGCAGUAAGCUGAUCCCCGCCUUUGAGAUGGUGAUGCGUGCCAGAGAUAACGUUUACCACUUGGACUGUUUCGCCUGUCAGCUCUGCAACCAGAGAUUUUGCGUGGGGGACAAGUUCUUUCUUAAAAACAAUAUGAUCUUGUGUCAGAUGGACUAUGAAGAAGGGCAGCUGAAUGGAAGCUUCGAAACGCAGGUUCAAUAACGAUCGCAGUCCAGCUUCGUGGAAGCAACUUGGAGUGGAUGUUCUGCCAUGCAAGCAGUGAGGAUUGUCUGUUGGCUUGCCUGCAAUAUUUUUUAAAUUCUCGGUCCCCCACCCCAAGGACUGUGUACAGUGUAGUACUCCCCACCCCAAUACAACACAAAGCAGUUGCAAUCUUAGAUGUACAGUUGUGCCCGCUUAGCUGAGCACUGCAUUUGCCUGUAUGUUUGUGAGGGUUUUGGGAGGGGGGGUCCGGGAAGGUUCUGUACAGUCUGUUUUAUGUAUAUAAACUUGAACAUUUAUUUUAUGAAAAUGUAAUGCAAUUUUAUUACUGGUGUGAAAUUAAAGAUUAUGAAUGUUUACGGUU